CCAUCAGCGCUCUCGCGCUGACAGUUUGCAAGUGUCAAUAAAAAUGGCGGAUCCACUGAGUCUGCUUCGUCAGUAUAAUAUCAAUAAAAAGGAGAUUAUCGAGCGCGAGGGACAGAUAAUCUUCGGUGAAUUCUUGUGGCCGAAGCAUGUGAAGACCAACUACCUGAAAUACGGGUCCGGGAAAAAGGGCGCUCCCAGAGAGUACUACACACUCGAGUGCCUGCUGUAUCUGCUGAAGAAUGUGCAGCUGCAGCACUCGGUGUACGUGCGACAGUGCGCCGCGGAGGACAUCCCGGCUGUCAACCGUCCGGACAGGAAGGAAUUGCUGGCGUAUCUCAAUGGCGAGACGUCGACGUGCGACAGCAUCGACAAGAGCGCCCCACUGGAGAUUCCCACACAGGUGAAGAGAACCAUCGAGCCGGACGGCAAUGAGUCGCUGGCGAAGAAGGCGCGCUUCGAGGACACGCAAGUGCAGAAGGUGAAGGAGCAGCUCGCGGCGCGUCUGGACGUGAACAAGAAGGAAGCGUCGGUGAACAUUGACAACAUCAAGUCGCUGUCCGAGACGAUGUCUGUGGAGAAGAUUGCGGCCAUCAAGGCGAAGCGUCUGGCCAACAAGAGGACGACGAUCAAGCGCAAUGACAACGACGACACGAUGGGAACAGAUCUGAGGGCGAUUCUGGACUUCGACGUGGACUCCACGAAGGACAUUAUCAGUCGCGAGCGGCAGUGGCGCACGCGCACCACGAUCCUGCAGAGCACCGGCAAGGUGUUCGCCAAGAACAUCCUGGCCAUUCUGCAGGGCAUCAAGGCGCGCGAGGAGGGCCGCACGAAGCCGCCGGCGCCUGUGCGGCUGCCGGAGCCGCCGCGGAUGGCGCGCGCGAUGCCGCAGCCGGCGCAGUACAAUCGCUACGAUCAGGAGCGCUUCAACAGGCAGAAGGAGGAGACGGAGGGCUUCAAGAUCGACACAAUGGGCACGUAUCACGGCAUGUCGCUGAAGAGCGUGACGGAGGGCUCGGCGCAGCAGAAGAAGACGCAGCAGAUCGCCGCGAUGCCGCCGGGCAGGCCGAAGGAGCUCAUUCCGACCGCCCAGGCGCGCCUGUUGCCGCAGAAUGCCAGCAAGCGCGUGUCGCGAACGCCCAUCAUCAUCAUCCCGGCCGCCACCACCAGUCUCAUCACCAUGUACAACGCCAAGGAGAUCCUGCAGGACCUGCGCUACGUGUCGCAGGAGGAGAAGAAGGCCACGGGCGCGCAGCGCGAGAACGAGACGCUGCUGCAGCGGCGCAAGGACGGCGUCACGACGGUGCCGUACCGCGUGAUCGACAACCCGGCCAAGCUUACGCCGCAGGACUGGAGCCGCGUGGUGGCGGUGUUCGUGAUGGGGCCCGCGUGGCAGUUCAAAGGGUGGCCGUGGGACGGCAAUCCCGUGGAGAUCUUCUCCAAGGUGUGCGCCUUCCACUUGCGCUUCGACGAGAUGAAGCUGGACGCCAAUGUCGCGCGCUGGGCCGUCACGGUGCUCAAUCUGUCGCGCACGAAGCGGCAUCUUGACAGGGCGGUGCUCAUGACCUUCUGGGAGGCGCUGGACAAGCACAUGAUUAAGAACAAGCCUGAGCUGCGCUUCUAAGACAGCUUUUCUGGGACAACUUCUGAUGAUCAACGCUGCUUUCCCGGUCCAGAGAAUCGCUGUUUUGCUUUUAAACGAUGAAGUCACGUGCGAAACUGUAAAUUGGCUAAUGAGUGAUGGAAGAAGAAGAAGAAAAGUAAAAUAAAGGAUAAGGAAUCAAAGGCAAGUAAUUUUUUCAUCCUUUAUUAUAAAUGCGUUAUAAGGGAGGCUAAUUUUUUUCUCUUUCUUUAAAUAUUGGAUUCACUAUUUUAUCCACUUGCUCUUGUCCUCUCUCUUAUUCAAUUCUUUCGCUGAUAAAAUGCAAAGUGAAAAAUUUGAUGACACAGAAUGGUUACAAUGACGUCACGCCUAUGAAAAAAAUCCUUGUCGAUUUUUCCAAAUAGAUAUAUAAAUUAGUCAAAUGGAAAGUCACAAACAUUGAAUUAAAUGCUAUUCAUUAUUUUAUGGGUAAAAAUGGAUGUUUUUUUUCUAUUCUUUUUGUUUUAGUCAAUUUUAGGAAAGUUUUUUGUGUGUUUUGUUGGGUUUUGUGAGUGUAAAAAAACAAAAAGGAAAAUUUACGCUCACUUUUUUUUUGUCACUUUGACGCACAAACAAUGAAAUCAACAGAAACUUUGUUCUUUUAAAUUACACAACAAACAGAUAUUUUUCUCACAUUUUGUCUCAAAUACAUUUUUUUCCGUCCUUAACGAGAUAUUCCUUUAAGCUACAAUCAUUCACUAGUAAAAUUGAAAGGGCGGGGGAGGGAAAAGGAGAAAAGGGAGGUAAAUAUAUAGUACAGAGUUUUUUUUCUCUCUCUUUUAAUGCGAUAUUUUUAGCCUAAGUUGUGUGUAAAUGUAAUUCUUCUUGUCCUUCUUAUUUCUUUCUUUCAUUUAACUAAUUCACUAGUAGAAUUGGUUAAUUCAUGUCCUUCUUGCUUGCACACAAAGACUGCGCGCGCGCGCAUCCUUAAUUCUCAAUUCACUUUUUAUUCCUUUAUGAGUGCAUUGCACGUGACUUUUCACCUCCUUCGAAACUGUACAAAAAAAUAUCCACUUCUCCACUCCUUUCUUUGCCUUCUACAGAUUUUUUUUCUUCCUUAUGUUACAGGAUUACAAUUCAUAUAUAUUUUGAGAGAUUUUCUGCUUCUGAUGAUCUUUUUUCUUCUUCAUGUUUUCUAUGGCAGUGAUUGCUGUAUGUCGAUUUGCUUCAUUUUUACAGAGUGACAUGCUUUUUAUAUUUUUUUUUAAAGAUAAAUUCUAGAGAAAGAAAAAAAAUGCCAAUCCACCCAAAAAGGACACUAAAACACUCCUUUAUAGCUCCCACUUAAUUUUACGCAAUACAAAAGAUACUCUUUUUUUUCUUACACAUUCUUACUCAACAGUUCUAUAAUUAACGAAAAAGAAUAAUGAUGAAAUGAUGGUGUUUUUUUUAGAAAAACAUGCUUUUUGUUUGUUUUGAUGUCUUUGGCGCAAUUUGGAAUUUAUAUAAUUAUACUCACUAAAUGAUUUUGAAAGGGGUUAAGAAUUAAUUUAAUUCAAGAAAAAUUAUGUGAUGAUGAUUCUUCCCUCAACACUUUCUUAAUUUUCUCCGAGCUUUCUUUCCUGGGUAAAAUAAAUGAAUGAGUGCGACUUUUUCUUGCCUCUCGUGUUGAUUUAAGAGUUAAUAAAAUCAGUCUUUAUACUUCUUUUUCUCUGUUACAAGUAAUGUUUUUUUUCUUGAAGUAUUAUUUUUUAGUUAUUGCAUUUCCAUUAAAAAUUCCUCCGUCGUUUUUCUCAUUGUAAUUGUUUUUUUUUACUUCUUCUCAAAUUCAGUGGAAGAAAUGAGAAAUAUAUAUUUAAAAAUUAGCAAAUCAUCAACACAGAAACAAUGACGUUUUUUUUU